CAUGCCAGAGUCUCAACUGCCCCCUGUUAAAGUUCAACGUGUUCGCAGGAAGAGAUUAGAUACAAAUGUUAGAAUUAGCAGUAGUAAGGAACGAAGUAAAUAUAACAAGCCUUUAAGGAAGGAUGGACUACGAGUCCCACGAUCUCUAUUUGAUCGUCCACAAAGUAUGCGACGAGACCAGAGAUUAUUUAAACCUUUAAGCCCAACUAAAAUAGGAAGAUCGUCAUCAUCUGACAACCUGACUGGAGAACGUCCAGAUUGGGCGAUAUAUGAAGACUGGUUUAUCCUUUAUUAUAUUAAUGCAAUUGAAAAUAAAGAUAAUUUUUCAUCGGCUCCCACUCUCCCGAAUUCUUCAAUAAAUUGGGACUUUGUUAGUGAUGGAGUAAAUGGUACUAGUCGGUCGUACAGGACUGCCAAACACUGCGUUGCUAGGUACGAUAGUAAAGUUUUGCCGAGAGAGGAAGGACGACCAACAUUUGAUUCUACUCCAGCAGUUGGAAGAAAGUCUAUGAAAAAGUCUAUAAAAACACUAACAGGAAGAAAGAGUGGACGUUCACUGCGUACCAGUCAACUCAUCUUACAAGAUCAAAACAAAAGUCUCACCCAGUACUUCAACAAUAGAAUUGAGUUGAUUUUGACUUUAUCAAAGAAACGAUCACCUCCGCCUCGUCCUGCUCUUGCUAAUCCGACUCAGAAAAACCCAAAGCAUCAAAUGGUUCUCGUUGAGAACGGAAUCACAUAUGACAAUCCCCUCUCGCCAGUGCAAGUAGCAAAAAGAAGGGCAGAUCGCAUUAAUAAGGAUAAACCAAAACAAACUACUGCUUCUUCAACACCUGCUACACCUACCACCACGAAAUCUAUAGUUUCGACAAAUGUUAAUACAUCUCGAGUCGCAUCAUUUCCUACACAAACAAAUACAACUACAGCUAUUCAGUAUGUCCAAGCAAGUGUCUCAACAUCUUCUACGUCGGUCGUUGUCCCUGCUACAGUAACUCUGGCUCGCACAGUCACAGCAACACCACCGACAACUAAUGUGAUGAUAAAUACUACUAUUAAAAAAGGAACCCAGCCAAAUCAAAGAUCUGUAAACUUCCCGGGAGUUGUCCAGGCCCAACGACAAACCCUAAGUACGAAUCAGCAGUCUGCAGCAAUCCUAAAAAUAAAUGCUGGAAUCCCGAGAGUUCCUAUAUCAAAGGGUCAGCAAAAAGUCAGACUACCCCAAGCACAAGCAAACGUAUUAGCUAGCUUACAAAAGCAGCCAGCACUAGCUGUUGUUCAAACUGGACAAUCCAAGAAUACAAUUCCAAAUGCUACUGUUCAGAGACCGGAGUUAACAUUAUACAUGCAUAAAGCAAAGAGCACCAGUGUUCCGAAAUUUAGUGGACAAAAGUCUGUCGCAAGUUCGCAGAUUUUUGCUCACAUCCAGCAUGCAAGUCAGUCUUUGGUUAGCAACCAAACGACUGCUAGUAUAGCUUCAACUACAGUUGCCCAACUGGUUAAGGCUUCAGGAAAUCCUUCCACAGUAGGACGCACCGGUGUUCAAUCUGUUCAGAAAAUCCAAGUUGUGCCUCAGGGUACAAAGAAGGCUACAGGAGGUCAACCAAUUGUCAUACAGAGACCAAUUAAUGUUCAAGCCCUACUUAAACAGCCUCAAUCUACGGCUGCGUCAACCUCAACUGGUACGAUUCAUCAACUUAUUCCUCAAAGCUCAACCAGUAGCAGCGUGACCUUGACAUUACCAGUUUCUCAAACAUCAUCUUUGCAAACCAAGCAACAUAGUAUAAUGGCUAUUCGUAGCGGACCUCCUAGAAGCGGAAAUAUAACCGCUCAAGGCCGAAUUACACCGACAGUUCAUAAAUCUAUUCAGCUACAGUUACAUUCAACAGCUAGCUCCUCUCUGCAGAGAAGGCAGCAGCCGACACCUUCUAAUCUAGCAACUGUUGCUUUCUUACCCCAAUCAGCAAGUGGGUCGUCAAGUACUGUGUCUUCGACAUUAGUGACGGUUACUGCUCCCAAACAAACUCCAAGCAAGAAAUCUUGA